UUAGCUAGCUGCGUAGCCCAAUGAUAGCAAAAGUAAUUUAUUACUCACACAAAAUAUAUUUUUAUGGAUAUCACGAUUACAGCCAUCCCUUUUAAUAAUACAGUUCUCCCAUUCUGUGUUGGAGUUGGUAAGUUUUUGGCUUCUUAAGUUUAGAAGAAAUUAAUUAGAGGCUAACGAGUUAGCAUGCUAGCUCGCUACCAUUUACAGCAUAAGUGUUGAAGAGUGUUGAGUAAUAGCAAUGUAAAUGUGACUAUAUGGGUGAUAUUUCAUGUUUAAAGGGCUCUAAUGACGUUAAGAACUACAUCUAGAAAGCCAUACACAUGUUUUCUAAGAUUUAACUAUGAAAAUAUUCAAUUUAUUAACAUCGAAUCGUCGAUAAAAUAGCCGUUCUAAGCGAGGGACAGUAGGGAAGCUAACCCCCCGCCAAAAGCGAGGGCCACUACAUAAAAUGCACCACUUUUCUUGGCACGCAUCGACAAGUGAUCGACCCUGGGAUCAGAUUGGAAAGCGAUCCAUCGCCGCAUGGUGACGUCACGCCGCUGCUCAGUAACAGUGGCUGGGCGGGUUGGUGGGCGGGCGGCAGAUUUCCGCGCGGACACCACCGGAGGUUGAAGUGCAUCCACUGGAAAGACCACCGGAUUACCCCCCACACACGCACGCCGCGUACACGCGCACAAGAGCGCGCACGGCGUCGGACAUGUAGCGGAGAUCUCGCGGAGGAGGCGGAGGAGGAGACGAGAGGAGCAUGGAUGCCUAACAGGACGCAUCGAGCCAGCUGUGGCCUGCUUCCAACGGCAACAUCUGGCCGGUGACAGCCGCUCGCCACAGAAGACAGCUCGGCGUCGGGUGAGUCGGCGUGACCUCGUCCUUGGUUUUACCGGAGGCUCAAACACACCAGGAUCCAUCUGAACUCCAGCAUCCAGGUGUCAGAGAUGGAGGAAGGGGAUGCAGAAGGAGAGGGGCCGAGUGGCUGCACCAGAAGCAGCAGCAGCAGCACCACCACCACCACCACCACCAACCUACUGGCUUCUGUCAAAGAGCAGGAGCUGCAGUUUGAGCGGCUGACACGAGAGCUGGAAGAAGAGCGUCAGAUUGUGGCGAGCCAGCUGGAGAGGUGCAUGCUGGGAGCCGAGUCGCCACCUGCAGAAAGCAGCAGCUCAUCUGAGAAGUCGUUUGCUUGGAUGUCUGCGGAAGGAGACGCCCAGGGCGGGGCCAUAUCCGGACGUCAAGGUCGUCACGUCGUUGCAGAGGAGGCACAGUACCCGCCUGAAGUGGACCGUGCGUCUCUGCAUGACAGUGAGGGCUCGGGGGGGCACUCAGCUCACAUGACGUCCUAUUCGGACAGCGGCUAUCAAGACAGCAGUGUCAGUUACUACAGCAACCAGAAUGUCGUGCGUUCUGAGCCCCGUGCGUCCAUUUCUAGAAGCCCCAGAGCCGAGGGUCAAGCAUCUGGGCAGCCAUCCGGCAGGGUUCUCCGUCGGAUGACAUCCCUCCCGUCCAGGAGCCAGUCUCCUGGUUGCGCCACAGCCGGCACCGUCUCCCCGUCUCGCAUAUCCCUGCGAACAUCCCAGGGCAGCACCUACGACUCACCGAUUCUCUCCGAACCCAAACCGCUGGCCGCGAUUUUCCCCGGAACCACAAUGCCACCCUCCUGCCCGUCACCCUCGUCGCCAAGUGAUUGUACACAAGCAUUGGGUGGUGUCGGAGCGGGCGGCGGCGCCCGUUUGGGAUCCACUCUGUCCCUAAUAGAGGGGAGGGGUUUGCAAGGGUCGCCCCUGCGUUCCGGGAUGACUGCGGUGCCCCAGCAUUACGGAUCUACACUGCCCAGACAGAGCCAGUCGCUGGCGUACGGCACGGACCCGUACGGCCUGUACCAGAGGAGUGGCCUGCCCCGCCCUGACAGCCUCAUAGGCCUUCACAGCUCCUACGCUACUCAGUCAGGACAGAUUGACCCCGAGCUGAGAGCCACGUUGUCUCCAGAUUGUCACAUGACGCCAGUUUUUGAUGACCACGCCUUCCACAGCCCGCUGUUCCACAGCCCCUCUCACGAACUGCAGGGGUCGCUCUACGGGACUGGCACAGGUGUGGCGACCCUGCCUCGCACCACGAGCCACUGCAGCACGCUGCCGUGCCAAAGGAGCAGCUACGGGUUGAACAACGCCACCGUGUACGUCGACUCCUUCAGGGUACCCGCAGAUCCCGUUUACUCUCACCGCCAUUCUGAUCUGGUGGAGCGGAUGGUCACGCGCACGCCAUCCAUGGAGAGCAUCCACAAAGACCCCAGAGAGUUUGCGUGGCGAGACCCGGAGCUACCAGAGGUCAUCCACAUGCUGCAGCACCACUUCCCCUCAGUGCAGUGCAAUGCCGCCGCUUAUCUGCAGCACCUCUGCUUUGGAGACAACAGGAUCAAAGUGGAGGUGUGCCACCUUGGAGGUAUUCAGCAUCUGGUGGACUUGCUGGACAACAAGGCGGCCGAGGUGCAGAAGAGCGCCUGCGGGGCCUUGAGGAACCUCGUGUAUGGAAAAGCCACAGACAACAACAAAGUGGCGCUGAGGAACUGUGGCGGCGUCCCUGCGCUGUUGCGCCUCCUCAGGAAGACCACAGACAAUGAAGUUCGGGAGUUGGUGACUGGUGUCCUGUGGAACCUCUCCUCCUGCGACGCGGUGAAAAUGACCAUCAUUCGCGACGCCAUGACCACGCUGACCAACACGGUUGUCAUCCCCCACUCGGGCUGGAGCAGCGUCUCGCACCGUGACGAGCACAAGAUCAAGUUUCAGUCCUCCAUGCUGCUGCGAAACACCACCGGCUGUCUAAGGAACCUGAGCUCCGCGGGGGAGGAGGCGAGGAGUCAGCUUCGCUGCUGUGAGGGUCUUGUCGACUCCCUGCUUCACAUCCUGAAAGCUUGCGUGAACACCUCCGACUACGACAGCAAGAUUGUGGAGAACAGCGUGUGCGCUCUGAGGAACCUUUCCUACCGCCUGGAAGUGGAGAUGCCUUCCUCUCGUCUCCUCGGCAACCAGGAGCUGGACACCCUCCUGGGUUUCUCCUCCCCGGCCAAGGAGCUGGACUACAUCUGCUGGGGCAAGAGGAGGCGCGGGAGGAAGAGGAGCAGCUGGCCAGACGAGAAAGUAAACAAAGUUUCAUCUUUUGGAGGGAAGGCAAGCAGUGUCCGGUUGUAUGUGUCGUUGCAGUGGGACGGCAUGGGCCCCAUUCCUGGCUUCUCCCAGCCCCCGAGGGGUGCCGAGCUGCUGUGGCACCCCAUGGUGGUGAAGCCAUACCUCAACCUGCUAGCCGAGAGCUCCAACUCGGCCACGCUGGAGGGGGCUGCCGGGUCGCUGCAAAACCUGUCUGCCGGAAACUGGAAGUUCUCGGCCUACAUCCGAGCAGCGGUACGCAAAGAGAAAGGUUUGCCCAUCCUGGUGGAGCUGCUGAGGAUGGACAACGACCGCGUCGUCUGCUCCGUCGCCACCGCUCUCCGCAACAUGGCCCUCGAUGGCCGUAACAAGGAGCUUAUAGGAAAGUACGCCAUGCGGGAUCUAAUCAAUCGACUGCCUGGUGGGAAUCCAUCGGUGCUGUCGGAUGACACAGUGGCGUCCGUCUGCUGCACGCUGCACGAAGUCGCCAGUCGCAACAUGGAGAACGCCAAAGCUCUGGCCGACAGCGGCGGCAUCGACAAGCUAGUGGAUAUCAGCAAAGGACGGGGCAGAGGGUACUCCAUGAAGGUUAUGAAAGCAGCGGCUCAGGUGUUGAACACGUUGUGGCAGUACAGAGAGCUGAGGACGCUCUACAAGCAGGACGGGUGGAACUACACCCACUUUGUGACCCCGGUGUCCACCUUGGAGCGAGAACACUACCGUUCCCAGCCGACACUCCCCACCAGUCCCAUCCACAUGCCCCCCGUCAUCCAAUCCGGUGGGAGUGCUACGUCCUCACCAGCCAUGCUCGGGAUCAGGAGGCACAGCUCAAACUACCCGAGAGCGCAGUCGUCUAUGCAACUGGACACGUACUAUGGAGAUGACAGUUUACACAAACGUCAGUACACAGGGUCAGACAACACUACCCCAUAUUUCAUCGACACGUACUGCUCACAGUCUGGAGACAAGCUGAGGAGGUCCCAGCCCGAGCCGUUCUACGACGAACCCGACAGGAAGAACUACAACAGACUAUACCUGUCGUCCCCGCACGGUUACGCCGUGGAGCACUACGACGGCGACCCCGUCCACCUGACCCCGUCCUCCCCCGACGGCUACGUGGGCCAGGCGCUCCAGUUCAAAGCCAACACCAACUACGUGGACUUCUACUCCACCACGCGGAGGCCUUCAAACAGGGCCAACAAGUUCACCGGCUCUCCUGACUCCUGGGUGUAGAAACAUAGAACCUCAAUGUUUGUUGCGUCAGUGUUCGUGUGUUCGGGUGAAAGGGUCACGAGCGCCGUCGGGGUCGAUUUCAUCAUCAGGUGCCAAAGACAGGAGGUGCUUUUAAUAAGCCCAGCCCUGACUUAUCGUGUUUGUCCAAGAUUCUACCCACUAACGUCUCGCACAGAAUCAUGAUAAGGGACUUGAGCAGUGCCAUGUGACACUCGACGCCACUAACUUGGAGAAAAGUACCACAAAAAAUACACGCAACAAAAAUAUCAAUGGAUUUUACUCCCAAUUUUUUUGUGAGCUGAACUUCAAAGAUGGGAAACAUUUUCUGCAUGGUGGUCGAGUGGUUAGCGCGGACGCCUCACAGCAAGGAGAACUGAGUUCAAUCCCACCCUCGGUCAUCUCUGUGUGGAGUUUGCAUGUUCUCCGGUUUCCUCCCACAUUCCAAAAACAUGCAAGACUCCAAAAUUGUCCACUUAUUGACUUAUGGUGGCUGCACAGUGGUUGAGUGGUUAUCGUGCAGGUCACACAGCUAUGAAACCCAAGUUCGAUUCCUCUAUUGGUCAUCUCUGUAUGGAGUUUGCAUGUUCUUUGUGGGUUUUCUCCAGGUACUCCGGUUUCCUCCCACAUUCCAAAAACAUGCAAGACUCCAAAAUUGUCCACUUAUUGACUUAUGGUGGCUGCACGGUGGUGAAGUGGUUAGUGUGCAGGCCACACAGCUAUGAGACCCAAGUUCGAUUCCACUCUUGGUUAUCUCUAUGUGGAAAGUUUGCAUGUUCUUUGUGGGUUUUCUCCGGGUACUCCGGUUUCCUCCCACAUUCCAAAAACAUGCAAGACUCCAAAAUUGUCCACUUAUUGACUUAUGGUGGCUGCACGGUGUAAAAGUGGUUAGUGUGCAGGCCACACAGCUAUGAGACCCAAGUUCGAUUCCUCUCUUGGUCAUCUCUGUGUGGAGUUUGCAUGUUCUUUGUGGGUUUUCUCCGGGUACUCCGGUUUCCUCCCACAUUCCAAAAACAUGCUAGGUUAAUUAGCGACUCCAAAUUGUCCAUAGGUAUGAAUGUGAGUGUGAAUGGUUGUUUGUCUAUAUGUGCCCUGUGAUUGGAUGGCCACCAGUCCAGGGUGGACCCCGCCUCUCGCCUGAAGACAGCUGGGAUAGGCUCCAGCACCCCCGCAACCCUCGUGAGGAUAAGCAGUAGAAAAUGAAUGAAUGAGUACACAACAGGUCUAUGUCGUGGAGGUUGGCCACAAUAAAAGGCCACCCCAAAAACAAUGUUUUUUGCAGCUUGGGGCCGUGCAUUAUCAUGGUGGACGACGGGCCUUGGAGAUUUGUCACGGUAAAUUAAGUCAUGUGGUCCAUGGUGGGGGGGUUAGCUAGCAUGAUACGGAACAUAGGCAGAUUUGUGACCAAGAUACGCCUUUUGUGUACUUAGAAAAUGUCUUUGAAGUUCAUCUUAUGAAAUAUGGAAGCAAAAACCAUAAUGUUGUGUUUAAAUGUCAUCUGAUCACAGAUGAGCGUCUCCACUCUGGGAAGUUUUGAAGGAAAACUCCUGGCAUUUAUGUCUGUUGACCAAAAGUGCAGUAUAUAAUAUAAUAUAUACAGUAUAUAAAGUGGUGUGAAAAGGUGUUUGCCCACUUCCUGAUUUUUUUUUUGCAUAUUUGUCACACUUAAAUAUAUCACUGAAUUUCAAUAUUAGUCAAUGACAACACAACUAAACACAAAAUGGAGUUUUUGAGGGGAAAACAAUUGGCCAUGGUGUGAAAAAGUGAUUGUAACAUUACAUAACUGUGGUUUAUCACGCCAGUGUUCAAAUGGAAAAGGUUAUAAAGCCAUUUCUAAAGCAUUGGGACUCCAGCAAACCACAGGGAGAGCCAUUAUCCACAAAUAAUGAAAACAUGGAACAGUGGUGAACCUUCUCAGCAAUGGCCGGCCAAGCAAAACGACCCCAAGAGCGAAGCGAUGACUCAUCCAAGAGGUCACAAAAGACCCCACAACAACAUUCAGGUUAAGGCUGAUCUCAGUUUUGCCAGAAAAGAUCUUGAUGAUCCUUAAGACUUUUGGUCUGACGAGACAUGUGUGUCCCUUAUAUCUGGCAGAAUAACACAUUUCUGGAAAAAGAACAUCAUAACAGUAAAAUAUGGCGGUGGUAGUGUGAUGGUCUGGGGCUGUUUUGCUUUUGUUUUUAAUAACAUUUCUGAAAAAGAACAUAACAGUAAAAUAUGGCGGUGGUAGUCUGAUGGUCUGGGGCUGUUUUGCUUUUGUUUUUAACAACAUUUCUAAAAAAAAACCCAUAACAGUAAAAUAUGGCGGUGGUAGUGUGAUGGUCUGGGGCUGUUUUGCUGUUUUGCUUUUGUUUUUAACAACAUUUCUGAAAAAGAACAUAACAGUAAAGUAUGGCUGUGGUAGUGUGAUGGUCUGGGGCUGUUUUGCUUUUGUUUUUAACAACAUUUCUGAAAAAGAACAUAACAGUAAAAUAUGGCGGUUGUAGUCUGAUGGUCUGGGGCUGUUUUGCUUUUGUAUUCAACAACAUUUCUGAAAAAGAACAUCAUAACAGUAAAAUAUGGUGGUGGUAGUCUGAUGGUCUGGGGCUGUUUUGCUUUUGUUUUUAACAACAUUUCUCAAAAAAACAACAGUAAAAUAUGGCGGUGGUAGUCUGAUGGUCUGGGGCUGUUUUACUUUUAACAACAUUUCUGAAAAAGAACAUAACAGUAAAAUAUGGCAGUGGUAGUGUGAUGGUCUGGGGCUGUUUUGAUUUUGUUUUUAACAUCAUUUCUGAAAAAAACAUAACAGUAAAAUAUGGCGGUGGUAGUGUGAUGGUCUGGGGCUGUUUUUUAACAACAUUUCUAAAAAAAACCAUAACAGUAAAAUAUGGCGGUGGUAGUGUGAUGGUCUGGGGCUGUUUUGCUGUGUUGCUGUUUUGCUUUUGUUUUUAACAACAUUUCUGAAAAAGAACAUAAACAGUUAAAUAUGGCGGUAGUAGUCUGAUGGUUUGGGGCUGUUUUGCUGUUUUGCUUUUGUUUUUAACAACAUUUCUGAAAAAGAACAUCAUAACAGUAAAAUAUGGUGGUGGUAGUCUGAUGGUCUGGGGCUGUUUUGCUUUUGUUUUUAACAACAUUUCUGAAAAAGAACAUAACAGUAAAAUAUGGCGGUGGUAGUGUGAUGGUCUGCGGCUGUUUUGCUGUUUUGCUUUUGUUUUUAACAACAUUUCUGAAAAAGAACAUAACAGUAAAAUAUGGCGGUGGUAGUCUGAUGAUUAAUGAUUGAUUUGUGAGAAAGAUGCAAAAAAAAAAAGAAAUCAGAACGGGGGCAAACACUUUUUCACACCGCAGUGUGUGCAUAUAUAUAUAUAUAUAUACAUAUAUACAUAUGUAUAUAUAUAUGUAUCAUAAAGUAUGUGAAACAUAUUUGUACAGCUGUACAACGUUGAAACUGUCCUGUCGCACUCUCGUAUUCCACCUGUAAAACUUUUUAUGUGACAGUGUGAGGAAGAUUUUUCUAUGAUUUGUUAUUUUUAAUUCAUGUAUCUGUGAGCUAACCGGGAUAGCCAAGCUGUCUGUUCGUCUAAUACUGCUGCUGCUGAUGACGAUAAUGUGCUAUGUUACACAUGGAAAUAGGACUAUACAAGAUGAUGUGAUCCAGUAUGAUCAAUAAACAGGAUGUUGUGAUUCAUUUCAUUUAAUUGGAAGGCUUACUAGCCAAAAAAGCUAUUUUUUUUUUAAAUACAAAUUUAAGGCAAUUACAAGAUUCGGUCAAAGGCAUGUAAUAUCAAGUGAAGUCAGCCAUGAUGGCCGACAGAAAAAGUGAAAAAAGUUUUGCUUUUGUUUUUAACAUCAUUUCUGAAAAAUAACAUAACAGUAAAAUAUGGUGGUGGUAGUCUAAUGGUCUGAGGCUGUUUUGCUUUUUUUUAACAACAUUUCUGA